GCUGGUUGGCUCCCAUCUGGAUGCGCCGGAGUCCGCAGGGCCUGAGGCCCAGGUCCAACCUGGCUUCCCGGGAUGUCGGUGGCCUUCGUACCGGACUGGCUGAAAGGCAAGGCGGAAGUCAAUCAGGAGACGAUCCAGCGGCUCUUGGAGGAGAAUGACCAGCUCAUCCGCUGUAUAGUGGAGUAUCAAAACAAAGGCCGGGCGAAUGAGUGCGUCCAGUACCAGCAUGUGUUACACAGAAAUCUCAUUUAUUUGGCUACCAUUGCAGAUGCCAACCCGACCAGUGCUUCAAAAGCAAUGGAAUAAUCUUUCAAUUGGCUGUCCUGAGGACUUUACUGAGUAUAAUCCAUGUUCUAUGAAGUAAAGACAGGAUCUUUACCAACUGAACUGCUUAAAACUUGAAUGAACCCUCCGUGGCUCUUUUAAAAAUGUGAAAAUGUGAAGAAAGCUACUAAAUGAACUGUAUUCUCAGUGUAAAUAUUUUAAUAAUUAAGCUCCAGAUGUCCUCUUUCCUGAAAUAGGUGUAUUUGGAUAACAGAGAUAUCAUGGGCAUCUUCAAUUCUACUUUUCAGUUUCAGCCUGAAGAGGAAACUGAUUAGGUGGUAGGGAAUCAAGAGGAACUGGUGAGACUCCUGACUGAUGCCCUGCCUAAUGGAUGUGUAAUUGUGUGCUCCCCCUCCUCCAGUUUGUAGCUAUAGACCUGG